CCAUGGUUCUAUUCCCAACCUCUGCAGAGACUCGUGGCGAAUGCAGGUCGAUGUUGAUGCGGUGCUGCCCGCCAAAACACAGCUGUCGUCAAGCAUCAAGCUCGCGGAUCUGACCAAGCUGCCUGCAUUCGAGGUCGUUGCUGUCCUCGAGUGUGCUGGAAACCGCCGUGAUGGACUCAAGGCAAUCAAGCCUGUCAACGGCGUCAUCUGGGGACCGGGUACGGCGUCAAACUCGCGCUGGAGCGGGUGCCGCCUGCGUGAUCUGCUCGUCAGCGUUGGAGUGCCAAAAGAUCUGUGCCACCCGUUCUACUCGACCCCCAAGCACGUCGAAUUUGCCGGAUUCGGCGAUGCCAAGGAGGAUAAGCACUAUGCGUCGUCAAUUCCACUGGAGUGGAUUAUGAACCCACUGAACAUGGUGUUGGUUGCAUACGAGAUGAAUGGCCAGCCUCUGACGCGAGACCACGGAUUCCCCGCACGGAUUGUUGCUCCUGGCAUCAUCGGCGCGCGCUGGGUCAAAUGGCUAAAGUACAUCCGGGUGCAGGACGUGGAGUCUGACAGCUUCUACCAAAAACUCGACUACAAGAUCCUACCGCCGAUGGCCGAUGCCCACAACUGCACAGAGUUUUGGCCCAGAUUCCCAGCCCUGAUGGAGCUCAAUAUCCAGAGCGUCAUUUGCCGCCCUGCGCCAGGAGAGGAGCUACAGGUUGGCCGGCCGUUCGAAGUCCAGGGCUACGCGUUCUCUGGCGGCGGCCGUGCGGUUGACCGAGUUGAGGUGUCGCUUGAUGGCGGGAAGACAUGGGACCUGGCAAGGAUCUAUACAAUGCAGACAAAGUGCAAGGAUGGCCAGCGUGACUGGAGCGCGAAGCAGUGGGCGUGGACUCUGUGGGCAUACCGCAUCGACCACGUACCAACCGGUUGCACAAUUGCGUGCCGUGCCUGGGAUUCUGGAGGCAACACGCAGCCAAGCGAGGCCGUAUGGAAUUACCGCGGUGUCAUGAACAACUCUGUCUAUAAGAUCAAGCCACCAGUUCGGCUGGAGAGCCGCCUUUGAACAUGAGUGCACUAGCUUUGGUUUUAUGCAAGGGCAAUGCAAGCUUUCAACCUAAAUGUCUAUAUUUCUGGCACUGAACCCGCUGAGUGAGAGUUCAGUGCUGUGCUUGCUUUAUCUCAAGAAUCCGAUGGGUUGUACAAGAAUCAGCUAAAUCGAGCGCCCAAGCUUCCUGAAAGCUCAGGUAUCGAGUAGCGGCUCUA